UUUCGGUCCUCCAGGAGGAUCGGCGGGUUUUGGACAAUAGAAGCGGAUCUCCUUUUAACCCGAGUGAGGGAAAAUCUCCCUCUUGGCGCGGGCUGCCUCCAUGGCUCGUACAGCUCAUGUUUUCCUCGCCAGCAGAGAGGCUCUUCCCAGCCGCUCCUCCUCCCUUUGCCACACAGAAGGGAGGGGAGCGUUAUUAAUAUCGCCAGCUCGACCUCGGACCGCGGAACCAGGCGAAGGGUUACUUAGGAGGCAUCGGCGCCAAGCCGUUAGCGCUGCAACCUGCGGCUGCUUUUUUUCACCCGCCCGGCUUGAAUGGGUUGACAAUCGGCACGAAUUGACAAAGGCGGAUAGCCAGAGGAUCAGCCUCCGUUGUAAUCUCUGAAGGUUUCUUAACAGAGGAUCAGUCGCUCUCCGGGAACUGCUUUGGACUAGGUUAACCUUUAGAAUUGGCCUCAGGAAGAGUUUUGACAGACGUCUACCCAAGAUUGAUCAAAAUGGCAGAAGACUCAGUGCCAGGGAGUUGGAAACCAACAACACUAUCUGAAAAUGCGAGCAAUAAUGUAAUUCCCAUGCAUGAAGCAACUCAGGAAGUUUUGGAUUCCGGAGCCACCAGUGGCAUUGUACAAACAAAAGAAACAGCUCCAUUGAACAGGUGUGAAGAACACGCUCAGGGACCUCUGGCCGAGUUAAAAACUUCAGGAAGACGUAUAUGUGCUUGUCCUCCUCAAGGCAUCCUUGCCAGAAUAACAACAAACGUGGUAGCAGUAGCAUUGAUCUGGGCUGUGAUCUGGUCUAUUACAACCCACGAAAGUCUUCCUGGUGGGAGCCUCUUUGGAUUUUUAUUCCUCUAUCUUUUUGCUGUAAUUGGUGGUAAAAUUAUGGGCUUAAUUAAAUUUCCUGGUCUGCCUCCUCUCCCUCCUCUUUUGGGAAUGUUGCUUGUUGGAUUUCUUCUAAGAAACAUCCCAGUGAUCACUGACAUAGUCCUGAUCAAUGUGAAAUGGGGAGCCACCCUAAGAAGUAUUGCUCUCGCGAUCAUCUUGGCCCGGGCUGGCCUUGGCCUUGAUCCAAAGGCGCUGAAAAAACUAAAGGCUGUCUGCUUUAGAUUAAGCUUGGGACCCUGCCUAAUAGAAGCAUGUACAGCGGCAGUUGUAUCUCAUUUUCUCAUGCACCUGCCAUGGCAGUGGGGAUUUAUGCUUGGAUUUGUCUUAGGUGCUGUGUCUCCUGCAGUUGUAGUCCCCUCAAUGUUGGUUUUACAAGCAGGAGGAUAUGGUGUUGACAAAGGUGUCCCAACUUUACUAAUGGCUGCAGGAAGUUUUGAUGACAUUCUGGCUAUCACAGGUUUCAACACCUGCUUAGGGAUAGCAUUCUCUUCAGGCUCCACCCUUCAAAAUGUCAUUCGAGGUAUAUUAGAAGUUGCAGUGGGUAUAGCAGCAGGUGGACUUUUAGGCAUUUUUAUUCGUUACUUUCCAAGCAAGGAUCAGACAUAUCUUGUAUGGAAGAGAGCAUUCUUUAUCAUAGGAUUAUCAAUGUUUGCCAUUUUCAGCAGUCUGUAUUUUGAAUUCCCUGGAUCUGGAGGACUGUGCACAAUUGUCUUGGCAUUUCUGGCUGGAUUAUCAUGGUCUGAUGAAAAAAAAGAGGUAGAAAAAAUUAUUAAGGUUGCAUGGGAGAUUUUCCAACCUUUUCUUUUUGGUUUAAUUGGUGCUGAAAUAUCUGUUGCAUCUCUUGACCCUCAAACAGUUGGACUUUGCAUUGCCACACUGGCUAUUGGAUUGAUAGCCCGGGUUACAACCACUUUUGUAUUGGUCUGUUUUGCUGGUUUUGAGCUGAAAGAGAGAAUAUUUAUUGCAUUGGCUUGGAUCCCCAAAGCUACUGUGCAGGCUGCAAUUGGCUCAGUUGCCUUAGAUACAGCACGGGAGCAGAAAGAUGAACAAUCAGAGAAAUAUGGCAUGGAUAUUUUGACAGUUGCUUUCCUGGCAAUCUUAAUCACAGCUCCAAUUGGAGCUCUAAUAAUUGGGCUGGCAGGGCCCCAACUUCUCCACAAGACUUCUGAUACCAAAAGAGAAAGUCAUAUAUAUGAAGAAAGAGAAGAAAUAGAAAUACAUGGGCCAGCAUAGGGAGAUAUGAAGUGCAGUCCACAGAUCACCAGAAUUGAGACUGCUUAUUAAUCAUGGUAUCCACAAGUAACAUACAGAUAUUUAAAGGCCUAUGAGAUACACUGCAGAUCUACUAAAUAUAUGUACAAAUUUUUUAGAUGACAUCAGUUGGAGCUGUUUAGAGCCAAUGUUAGCUAUUAGUGGCUUGUAGCUUUUCUUUUAGUGGCUAACAGUUUAUUAGGUGAAAAGAAGAUUAGUGGCUGCUGAAUUAGAAUAUAUUUAAAGUACUGAAGAAUAAAUGAAACUGUUGAGGUUAGACAUACUUAGAUUAACAGAAAUCUUUUAGAUCCACUGCCUGGGUGAGAACUAGGGAUUACUGAUAAAGACUUCCACCCCUUCCUUUUGUGGUGGGAAAAUAGUUAGAAUUGAAAUAUAACCUGAAGUUUUCUUUGAAAGACUCUGAUAGCCUGAAGUCUUCUUUGAGGGAUAGAUUGGGAACAGUGAAUUAGUAUAGUUAAAGUAGAUUUUAUACAAAUAAUGUUGUAGAGAAUUGGACCGUUAGAUGUGUAAAUAGAAGAUGACAGGCUAGAAGUGUCCUUAAGAGAUAGCUUAUGUUUGUGGUAUGUAUGUUGAAUGAGAGAAUGGCAAGAUAAAUAGAGGAAAAGAAUGUUGUGAUGGGGACCCACUGUGGAUUAUGACAGGCAGAGAUAGGUAUGGCAAGAAGCACCAGCUUGACUAUACAGGAAAAGGGAGACCCAUAUAUUUGUAUGGGUCUAAACCAGAUAUUCCAGACCAGAGCCCAGGUGGCUGAACUGCUGGGCAUUUUUGCCUCCAGUUACUACUUGAAAAUGGCGAGUUGGUGCAAAAUAAGACCACAUUCAUUUUACAACAUCUGGUAGAUGAAUGUGGUAACUUGAUGUAAGUUAUUGAAACAUGAAUGGGAAAAAAUGGGGAUGUAGCCCUGUUGUAAAUUUGCCCUGCCAGUUUUCAGAUUAUGCAGCAGCUAUAGCAACUUGGCCAAAGAGGAGUUGCUAUGUUGUACAAGACAUCUUUGCAGUGAUGAGGAGCACUGUUAUGACUGGAUAAGAAUGUCUUAAAGGGUAUAGAGUUAUAGAGAGCCCUCCAUGAAUAUCUGGAUGUCAUUUUAGAGAUAAUGUUGGGCCAUCCCAAGAUUGAGUGUUUGAGGAGACUUUGAUCUUCAUUACCUGGAAAAAGGGUUCAGUGUGUUCCAUGAGUUUAUGAUAACCUUGGGCCUGCCCCAAAUAAUCUGUCCCAAUAGAUAACAGCAAACACCCAUUAUACCUGGUCUAUACUUGGAGCAAAUAAGGCAGAACUAGAAAUGGAGGACAUUGAUACCUAUCAUCUGCUAUGAUCAGUUUACUUCCUCUUCAGAUUCAUAGACAACCAAGGAUUCCAUGUGAAUACCGAAUUCUUUCAACUGGUAUUCUCCAGGAUCUGGAUGAAUUCCAGUGGACUUCAGAGGACAACCUGGUGGAUUAUUCUGUUUUGUGUCUGGCUGAUUUAUGGAUCCAACUGUUUCUGACAACUGGGGAGAGGGUACUAAUAUUUUAUAUUUUACAUUGCCCAGAAUAUGUGUACAUAUUGAAAUGGGCUACAAAAAAUUUAAAAUCAUUAGUAUAAAAUAAAAUAUGAUUUUAUUGAAUCAACAUCCAAAUGUGCCUUAAACCCCCACCACACAGUCUCAACUGUCAGUACCUAUCCUUCCAUCCCCCCUGCCAUUACAACUGAUGAAGUUCCUUGGAUGAGAAAGGAAACGUUUUGUUCUUCUUCCUCAAAGGAAAAAAACCCAGUCCAGUUGCCUUUUGAAAAAGCACCUUUGAGACAACAAUGACCUGGAUGACUGAGAAUCUCCAAAGUCAUUUAUCUUUUCAUAUAUUUCUAUUAUAUAGCUCAUCUUUUCUCAAGGUUAAGCUUCUUCGCAGGGUGCAUUCUCUGAACCGGUUUUGACUUCUCAAAAUUAGUAUGCUGCACAGGUUUGGACAGAAUACUAUAAUACUAGAGAUGAGAACUGACCAAGGUGCCGUGAAAUAAAACAAUAUUUUGCAUGAUUUGAGGAAUAUACUAGUACUGAUGCAGCUCUUUGACUCCAAGAUCUUUUUCACAAAUAGUUAUUAAGCACCAAUCUAUGUAUUGUUUCCAAAAUAAACACCUCUGUACUUUUCUUUCUUAAUUUGUAUGGUAUAACUUCCUCUCCAUUUCACCAGCCUGUCAAGAUAAUUUUGGAUUUUGUUUUCUAAAGAAGUUUCUCAGCUUCAGA